CGUCAUUCUGGCCUUCCUACAAAUACCCCCCAACACUUGCCUCAAACUAUCACCCAGCACCAGAGCUAACCAGCCCAGCCAGUAUAUCUUCAACUUCAUCAUAUUAUAUUCAUCACCUAAGCAUAUAAUAUAAUCUUCCAAUAUUAUUAUUAUUACUAUUAUUAUUAUUAUAUAAUAAUCAGCCAGCCAGCCAGCCAGCCAGCCAGCCACCCAACCAACGUACGUACUCUUCUGGAUGCUCCACGUUGUUCUUGUCUGAAGACUUGAGAUGCCUCCACACGCCUGUGUAAUUAUGACCCAGAGCUCCAGCUCACUGAACCCUGAAGUCCCGGUGGCUGCACAGCCAUAUCCGCCGCCACCUCUGCCUCCGCCUGCGAAGAAGCUGAAGCAGGGCAUCAGCUCCAUUCUUGUGUCGGAAAAUGAUGAUCAAGGAGCGAGCUCAGCACCCUCCAUUAGAAGAACUCUCUCCGCUGACAUGUCAUCCAAGAAAUGGGCAUCUCAGACCGGGCUCGUCAUCGACGAGGAGCGCCGUUCUUCCUCCGUCAGCGACCGGCCCGGGCAAGAUGAGGUCUGGAGGGCUAUUCAAGAGCAAAGACUCCAUCAAGGGAAUGACGAUCUUGAACAGGGGCCGCCGAAGACUAUAACCCGAGCAGCGGCAUUACCGAGUGCUUCAUCUACUGAAUCUUUUAGCUCAAUCUUGGAUUCAUCCUUGAGAAAAGAUGUCUUUGGUCCGUACAUUCCUCCUCUCCAGAAGAAACCGCCGAAGAAGUUGAGCGCGAAAAGCCUCCUGAUGUGCACUGAGAUUCUGGGUUCCGAGACCGGCGCCGACGAUUUCCAGCCGGACCUGCCGCCUCUCCCAACGAAUAGGAAGAAGCCACCAUUGAUGAACAUGUAUAUGAAGAGAUCUCCGGCCAGACCUCUCCCGCCUCCCCUGCCUUCACUGGAUAUGAACAAGACUACAGUCCAAGUUCGCACCCGCCGGGAGGACGGCCGGUUGAUUCUUGAAGCUGUUUCCGUCCCUCCUCGGGAAUAUCUCCGGGCUGAAAGAAACAACGGCCGGCUUUUCAUCUCCCUCAUCAACAGUGGGUCUAGCAAUGAACAGAGGCAAAAAGAAGAACCAGAGUUCGUCUUCAAUUUCGAAGAAACUGAAGUUCGGAAUGGCGAAGAUGAAGAAGAAGACGAUGAUGGUGAUAAAGAAGAGCAAGGAGAUGACAGGAACAGAAUGGGUAUUGCGGCGGAGCAAGAUUCAAGCUUUCCCGGCAGGAGAUAUCCGCCGCCAAUGCGAUUUCCGGGGCUAAUUUUCAAGAAAAACAGGGCAUUGAUGGAGGAUCUCAUUAUAAACCAAGCCCACUCACAGUCUCUGCCGCCAGCGCCAGGGGUGGCCGGAAUGGUCCGGGAAAAUCCGCCGGUGAUAAGCGUCACCUUCGUCAACGACUACGACUACUUCUGGCGUCGAAAACCAGCCAUUGAGAGCAAUGCCGUAGAAGCCGAGCAUCUCAUCCAGAAACUUAACAACGACAACAACAACGACCAAUUUGUAUCAAUGGAGGAGCAGAGGAAGAGAGGCAGGUUGGGGCUGUUGAGAGGAAGCACCGACAAAAAGAUGCCGCCGGCGAUGUUGAAUGGCUGUAAAGACGGCAGAAGGUCUUUACUUCAUCGCCCCAACCUCAUCGCUGGCCGUUCCAAUUGAUCGAAGCCAUGCAAUCCUCAAUCCAAUUAAACACCAAUUAAUUAAUAGAUUAAUAAGUAAUAACCCCUAACAUAAUAUAAAAACUAAAAUAAAGUAAAACUAAUACGGAAUAAUAAUAAAGUAAAAAUAAUGAUGUAAUGCCCUCCCUAUUAGCUAGGAUCAUCAUUUUCUUUUCUAUUUUAUCAACUCUGAAAGAGUGUAUUAUUACAUGUGUAGCCAAAAUAAAAAACAAGCUAGGAGUUCUAGCUUUAAUACAAAUCAGAGCAGCAAAAUAAAACCAUAUGCUCAUGUUGCUUAUUAUCCUCAAGACUUGGCUUACUUCUCAC